UUGUAAAGUAAAUCAUUGCUUAGCUCGUAAGUCGUGUUUAUAGCCAGGUCAAGAAAAAAGAGAAAUAUAGACAUUUCAUCUCACUCUUCCGCGCCAUUGCUAUUGUGGUGUGAUCUGCAACAAGCAAGAUCUGCGAGAAAAACAACAAACAAAACAAUGGCGAGUCGGUUCGGGUUAUCGUCUUCGUCUUCCUCUGCGUCCAGCAUGAGAGUUACCAACACGCCCGCGAGCGACCUCGCCCUCACCAACCUCGCCUUCUGUUCCCCCUCCGAUCUCCGCAAUUUCGCCGUCCCUGGCCACAAUAACCUCUACCUCGCCGCCGUCGCCGAUUCCUUCGUCUUAUCUCUCUCUGCUCAUGACACCAUAGGCAGCGGUCAGAUUGCGUUGAAUGCCGUUCAACGCCGGUGUGCCAAAGUUUCUUCCGGUGAUUCCGUACAAGUGAGCCGAUUUGUGCCGCCUGAAGAUUUCAACCUCGCACUGCUAACUCUUGAAUUGGAAUUUGUUAAAAAGGGGAGUAAGAGUGAGCAGAUUGAUGCUGUUCUACUGGCUAAGCAACUUCGUAAGAGAUUUAUGAACCAGGUUAUGACUGUGGGGCAGAAAGUAUUAUUUGAGUAUCACGGAAAUAAUUAUAGCUUUACUGUCAGUAAUGCUGCUGUUGAGGGCCAAGAAAAGUCUAAUUCUCUUGAAAGAGGGAUGAUUUCAGAUGACACAUACAUUGUUUUUGAAACAUCACGUGAUAGUGGAAUUAAGAUUGUCAAUCAACGAGAGGGUGCCACUAGCAACAUUUUCAAGCAGAAAGAAUUUAACCUUCAGUCACUGGGUAUUGGUGGCCUGAGUGCAGAAUUUGCAGAUAUAUUUCGAAGAGCUUUUGCCUCUCGUGUUUUCCCACCCCAUGUGACAUCUAAAUUAGGAAUCAAGCAUGUGAAGGGCAUGCUUCUUUAUGGGCCUCCUGGAACUGGAAAGACACUUAUGGCACGCCAAAUUGGAAAAAUUUUGAAUGGGAAGGAACCCAAGAUUGUAAAUGGCCCUGAAGUUUUGAGCAAAUUUGUUGGUGAAACUGAAAAGAAUGUGAGAGACCUUUUUGCUGAUGCUGAACAGGAUCAGAGGACCCGAGGGGAUGAAAGUGAUUUGCAUGUUAUAAUCUUUGAUGAAAUUGAUGCUAUUUGCAAGUCAAGAGGUUCAACUCGAGAUGGUACUGGAGUUCAUGAUAGUAUUGUAAAUCAGCUUCUUACUAAGAUAGAUGGUGUGGAGUCACUAAAUAAUGUUUUACUUAUUGGAAUGACUAACAGAAAGGACAUGCUUGAUGAAGCUCUCUUAAGACCAGGGAGGUUGGAAGUCCAGGUUGAGAUAAGCCUUCCUGAUGAAAAUGGUCGAUUGCAAAUUCUUCAAAUUCAUACUAACAAAAUGAAAGAGAAUUCUUUUCUAGCUGCUGAUGUGAACCUUCAAGAGCUUGCUGCUCGAACGAAAAACUACAGUGGUGCAGAACUUGAAGGUGUUGUGAAAAGUGCUGUCUCAUAUGCUUUAAAUAGACAAUUGAGUCUAGAGGAUCUCACUAAGCCAGUGGAGGAAGAGAACAUUAAGGUUACAAUGGAUGACUUUUUGAAUGCACUCCACGAAGUUACUUCCGCAUUUGGAGCUUCAACUGAUGAUCUUGAAAGAUGCAGACUCCAUGGCAUGGUUGAGUGUGGUGAUCGACAUAAGCACAUUUAUCAAAGAGCAAUGCUACUUGUGGAGCAAGUUAAAGUGAGUAAAGGAAGCCCACUUGUCACUUGUCUCCUGGAAGGUUCCCGUGGCAGUGGUAAAACUGCACUUUCAGCUACUGUUGGUAUCGACAGCGACUUCCCAUACGUCAAGAUAGUUUCAGCUGAAUCAAUGAUUGGUCUACAUGAGAGCACCAAAUGUGCACAGAUUAUUAAGGUUUUUGAGGAUGCAUACAAGUCACCAUUGAGUGUCAUCAUUCUUGAUGACAUUGAGAGAUUAUUGGAGUAUGUGCCCAUUGGUCCUCGAUUUUCAAACUUGAUUUCUCAGACACUGCUGGUUCUGCUCAAACGGCUUCCUCCAAAGGGGAAAAAACUCAUGGUUAUUGGCACAACAAGUGAACUAGAUUUCUUGGAAUCAAUUGGAUUUUGUGAUACCUUCUCUGUUACUUACCAUAUUCCUACCUUGAACACAACGGAUGCAAAGAAGGUCCUAGAACAGUUGAAUGUGUUUACUGAUGAAGAUAUUGAUUCUGCUGCAGAGGCGUUGAAUGAUAUGCCUAUCAGGAAACUAUACAUGUUGAUCGAGAUGGCAGCGCAAGGGGAGCAUGGUGGAUCUGCAGAAGCCAUCUUUUCUGGCAAAGAGAAGAUUAGUAUCGCUCACUUCUAUGAUUGCCUCCAGGAUGUUGUUAGGUUAUAAGUUGUUGUAUUAAGCGCUUUCUAAGUUAGAGUGCAUAUAAUCCUUAUUGAGUUGAAAUCUUUUUUUAACAGUUCAUUACAUUGCUUGUUACGGUUCAGUUACAGAGAUUUUUUUGAAUCAGUGUUUGUUUGGUUGUGCUGAUAGUAAUUUUGAGAGGAGGCAGGGGUUUCGUAGUCUCAUGUUUUAUCUUUAGGGCUACGACUUAGUUGGAAAUUGGAAUUGUGACCUUUAUUCGGGAUUCAUCAUUUAUCCAAACGUACGUCUCAUAUUGAGGUA